AUGUCGUACGGUGGACCCCCGCAGAAUCAAUACGGUGGUGCCGGUUACUAUGACCAGCAAGGCCAAGGAUACCCUCCUCAGCAGGGCUAUUCCCAUCAACCACAGCAAGGAUAUUACCCACCAGAGGGCCAACAGGCUUACGGUCAGCCCCAGUACGGCCAACAUUCAGGUCCUUAUGAUCAACAAGGCGGGCAGGGCUACCCUCCACAGCACCAGCAAGGCCAGUAUCCUGCCCAAGGCAGUCCUGGAUACGGUCAGCCUCCCCAGCAACAGCACUACCCGCAAAGUGGCGGCGGUGAGAGCUCCUCAUACUACGGUGGCGCACCCCCGCACCAGGAAGGACAGCCCGGUGCUGUAGGACCGGAGGGAGAAAGGGGCCUCGGGUCGACACUGCUUGGCGGCGCGGCUGGCGGGUUCGUGGGCAAUAAGCUUGGCCACGGCCUACUUGGUACUGCGGGCGGUGCUGUUUUGGGUGCUGUUGGUAUGAAUAUGGCAACCAAUAAGCUUGAGAAGAAGCACAAGAAAGAGAAGAAAGACAAGAAGCAUAAGAAGGAUAAGAAGCACAAGCGGAAGAGCUCAUCGAGCAGCUCUAGCUCCAGCUCGUCCUCUGACAGCGACUAA